AUGGCUUCCACAUUCGAGGUCAAAGACCCCCAUACUCAAGCCUUCCCUGGCCAGCAACAACGCCCAUCGACCUCCUCCAUCGACUCGAACCAACUACCACCCACCCUGUCGCGCAUCGAUAGCGAGUCGCUGUCGCCCAUCAACUACCUCGAGACCCCCGGCUCCAACUCCAGCCUUGACCAGUACCAACCCAGUGACUAUAGCGACUUUGAAGAGGACCCUUUCUUCGGCGCCGACUUCAACAACUUCGAGAGAGUCGACCCCAUCUUCCUCGGAGACCAGACCGUGCUUGGCCCGUCUAUUUCUCCCGGUCUUGUGUCGGGUCAGGAUGUGGACAUCAACAACUACAAUCCAUUGACUCCCGAACAAACGGCGUCAGUGCACACAAGAACCCCUCAGAGUGACCUCUCCCACGCGAUCAAGGGAUCGGCCCCUCCAGAGCUUCCCAAUUGCAUCUCGCCACAGGUGAUCCAGAAGCAGUUCAACCCGCCUCCCAUUGUCACACAGACAUCCUUGACACCCAGUCAGAGCAGCAGCUGCCGGUCCAGCGAAGACGGCCUGGCGCCCAGUGUCGGUGCCAUGACUAGUCCUCGAGUUACUGUCUCGAUGUGGGGUAAGGAUGAUGAGACCCCUCUUCAUACCUCUAUCGAACGCUCCUUUGAGGAUAGCCCAACUACAGUUCGCGGCGGGUUUGAGUCGGCCGGGGACUUGAUAUCCUCAAGCGACAAUUCCGCACCCCGUGACUCCACAGGGCAAUGGCAGCGCAACUCAGUGACUGGACAUGCUGGGCUGGACCCCGACAACCGAACCUCGCAGGAGACGCCAAGUAUUAAUGAGCUGGCCACCAAGCGAAACGACGAGGAGCGGAAGGGAAUGGUUGGUGAUUGGUUGACCAACAAGAUGAACGACCUUUCUGUUCAGCCGACAGAGACGUCUCAGGAGACUAUCAAUGAGCUUAAUCGCCCACGCGAUGAUGCUCAGGAUGGGGUCCCAUUCAACCGCCAGACCGAAAACAGGGUCAUCCCUGGCCAGGCUUACUAUCACGGCAAAGGCGAAAUGAACCAGACAGACUACGACAUGAUCGCUGCUGACCGGAACUGGGCCGAUGCUCCAAUAAUGCAUGGCAUCAGAAACGGAGCAGAUGGGAAACAUCAACCAGAAACGUCAGCGGCUGCCAUGGAAAGAUUUGAGAGAAUGUGCCGAGACACUGAUUCAAUCAUCUCAAGAGCCGCCACGUGGGGUACCCGCCGGCGAAGUCUCCCUAGUCUGUUUGACCUUGACAUGUCCGAAGUCACCAGCGGUGGCAUUCUCAAGAAGCUCUCUGUGAGCCGAGGAGACAAGGGGAGCAAGCCUGGUGGCCUGCUCAGGGGUCUUGGAACAUUGGUGCGUCGGCCUAGUACCUCUCAGAUCCUCAAGCGUAACCGCACCGGGAACGACGAUGAGAGUAUACCAAGCAACGAUAGCCGAGGAAGCCAAGACUCGAAGCGCGAUAGCAUCUCCAACAAACGCGAAAGUCUUGCGCCACCGGUCCGCAUGGGAAGUUGGGGCAAGAAGCCCAUGCCCUCGAUCAAUACGGCUAUAGUUUCUAUGGGUAGCAACAUUGCAUCCAUCGGAACUACGCACGCCCGCAAUGGAUCCGUUAGUGGCACACCUGUGGCAUCUGUGACUUCGCCGAAGAGUCCCUUUGGUAGCCUCUCUAUCAAGGGCUCCAUCCGACGACAACGAAGCAAGUCGGAUCUCCCCAAGCCGACACCAGCCAGCCUGCAGACAGAUAGCCACCCGACUCUGGUGUCGAUGUGGAAGCGUGAGACGGGAGGACCACCCGUCGCCGCCUUGGCCAAGACCAAGAAUAUGGAAUAUGACGAUGAAGACGACGAUGACGAGGACCUGGAUGAAGCCGACAUGAAGACAAACCCGAACAUCAUUGACAACAUCACUCCCAACCUUGAAGGGUUCCAGCAGCACAUCAUUGAUCUGAAUCCUGACUUGGCAAACACCAAUAACUAUCUUGUUGAUCGUAUUGCUUAUCAACAAGUGCAACGUUAUAAGUCCUUGCUCAAGAACAAGGUUACACACCUCGGGCUGGGUGCCAAGUGCCCUUCUGGUAUCCUGUGCAUCGCUAGAGGUGGCUCGGCUGCUCUUCUCGACCAAAACAAUAGCCCUCAAGAGUUGGAUCCUCUCUCAUCACCCAACGAUAUCGAUGAUGGGACCCCGGUUGAGGGUGCCAUUAACAACGAGAGCUUCCGCCAGGAUAUUCCCAUGCCUCCGACCAGCCGCCUGCCGGCCGAGUUUGAGUGCCAGCUUUGUUACACGAGCAAGAAGUUUACGAAACCCUCUGACUGGACCAAGCAUGUUCAUGAGGAUGUUCAACCCUUCACUUGCACCUGGGACAAGUGCAGGGAGCCGAAGAUGUUCAAGCGCAAGGCUGACUGGGUUCGACAUGAGAACGAAGGACAUCGCCAUCUUGAAUGGUGGACUUGCGAUGUUGAGGCUUGUCAUCACCAGUGCUACCGACGUGAUAACUUCCUUCAGCAUCUCGUGCGAGAGCACAAGUAUCCUGAGCCAAGGGUCAAGACUAAAGCCGCGAUAAAGAAGGCAGGCGGUGCAGAGCCCACAUGGCAAAAGGUUGAGCAGUGCCACCGAGAGACAUCGAAGCGGCCACAAGAUGAGCCCUGCAGGUUCUGUGGCAAGACGUUCCCGACAUGGAAGAAGCUGACGGUUCACCUGGCAAACCACAUGGAGCAAAUAUCACUGCCGGUGCUGCGUCUGGUGGAUGCCAAGGCCAGCGAGCUCGAAGCAGACACUGUCAUCAGCCCAAUUCAGGAUCCUCCUCCACGAAACAUCCUCACAACACCUGUCGACCAAACCGGUUCUGAUAUGCAAUUCCCUACGGCCUGUGGCGGAUUUCCACCAAGUACUCAACCGAUGGUAUUUCAGCAACCGGGCCACCUGAUCUACCAGCCAGUCAUGCCGACGGAUGCAUAUCAACAACCCCCUGGAUUUUACCAGGACCAAUUUGGCAAUGUCGGGCCCAAUCCGCAUGCGGAGAUGGGGAUGCAUCCUAUUAACCACGGCGGCUUUAACCACGCCGCGCAGAUGCAGGAGAUGCCUGUUGGCCGCCAAGGGGGCUACGUGCAGCAAGGCCCUAACGGCUAUAUGAUGCCGAACAACGGGGUAGAAUCCUACACCCAAAUGAAUGCGCUUGGGCUCCAG